CCAUGUCAAUCAAACAGAAUUUGCUGUUACCCAGCGUAACGCCGAUCUAAAUUCAUACAACCCCUGAUCAGUGCCCUACCUUAUUGCAGACCAAUGCAGACCUUAUUGGUCACCCCGUGCCCCUUGUAAAUCUCGACACAAGGGAGCAACACAAAUAUAUUUGUUUUUGCCCGUAUUGAAACGACUGUACAGUACAAGAAUAGGGAGUAAACCGUAUGGGUUGACAGGUCUGCUCAACAAACAAAAAAAACGGUUACAAAUGCUACCUUCAUCGAUAAAUAUUUCAAGAUGGUAACCGGUUUUCCCUCAGUUUUGCAAAAUGCGGUUACGGGGAAUACCAAAAAAAAACCUACCUAUAGAAAAAAACCAUAUACACAGAACUGAAGGUAAAAAGAACCUCUGAUCUGGCAUGGGCCGCUCGCUCCACAUUUCGUCUCGGGGAGCCGCCGCAGCCUUCGCGCCGAGCGGUGAUGUACACAGCUCCUCCUGGCGCUUGUGAGACCAUGGGGAGAUGGGGCUGCCUGGGCCUGCUGGCUUGGCUCUGUCUCCUCUACUGCACGGGCCUGUGGGUGUUCACGCGCGGCUUCCUGCUCAACCGCUCCGAGAUCGUCCGCAACAGCUCGUGCGCCGACUUUCCCGCCCCGCCUGGCCUGCCCACACCGCCGGGCGCCGCCACCCUGAACCGGAGCUGCUGGGCGGUGCCCGCGCGCUACCGCCGCGCCGUGCUGGUCGUCAUCGACGCGCUGCGCCUCGACUUCGCCACGUACGACGCGGCGAGGAGCGAGCCCAAGCCGUACGAGAACCGCCUGCCCGCGCUGCACGCCGCGCUGCAAGCGACGCCUCGGCACGCGCGCCUCUUCCGCUUCCGUGCCGACCCCCCCACCACCACGAUGCAGCGCCUCAAGGCCCUGGCUACGGGCGGACUGCCCACCUUCAUCGACGUGUCGAGCAACUUCGCGUCGGCGCGCGUGGAAGAGGACAACCUCGUCGGGCAGCUCGUCUCCGUCGGCAGGAAGCUGGUUUUCCUGGGAGAUGACACGUGGAUGGGGCUGUUCCCCACGCAUUUCCACCGAGCCUUUCCCUUCCCGUCGCUCAACGUGCGCGACCUGCACUCUGUGGACGAUGGCAUCUUGCAGCACCUCCACAGCGAGGUGGCCAAGAGCGACUGGGACGUGAUCAUCGCCCACUUCCUUGGCGUUGACCACGUUGGCCACCGCCUGGGGCCUCUACACCCGGCCAUGUCUGACAAGCUGUCGCAGAUGAAUGAGGUGCUCAGUAACCUGCUGCGAGAGCUGCCGGAGGACGCGGUGCUGCUGGUGAUGGGCGACCACGGCAUGACGGAGACGGGCGACCACGGCGGAGAGAGCGAGCGCGAGACCAGCGCCGCCCUCUUCGUCUAUAGCCCCAUCCCCGUGUUCAAGGGGGCACAGCCACGGGAGCCAAGGACCGUGUUCCAGACAGACCUGGUACCUAGCCUGGCGCUGCUGCUAGGCGUGCCCAUUCCCUACAGCAACCUGGGCCAAGUCAUCCCAGAAAUGUUUGGAGGCGAGGAUGAUGAGGAGGAGGGUGACGGCGGCCUUCCCAGGGAGGGUGAGCCCAUUCCUGCGGACAGCGAGAGUGUGGAGCGAGAGGAAUCGGACUUGGCUCAGCUGCCAAUGCAUCUGCAGGCGCUGCACCUCAAUGCACAGCAGGUGCAGCGCUUCCUCGACUCGUACGCGGUGCUGUCCGACGACCUUCCGCCGGACGGCCUGCACGCCCUGCGUCGCCGCUUCUCCGAGGCCGCGGCCGCAUACGAUUCGCUGGCGUCGUCCCCGAGCCCCGGCCUCCGUGCCACCGCCGCCACCGCGCGUGACGUCGAGGCGAGGCUGCGUCGCUACUUGAGCGGCGUGCGCAACCUGUGCGUGGCAUCGUGGGCCCGCUUCAGCGUCCCCGCCAUGUUUGCCGGCGUCGCGUUGCUGCUUUGCGCCUGCGCGGCGAGCGCCGCCCUGAGCCGGCGCUCGCCGCGGGAAGGGCUCCCUGGGGUCGUCGCCACGGCGGCGCUGGUGGGAGCGCCGGCAGGGGCGGCGGUCGCCGCCUUGACCGCGACGGCGUCCGGGAUGAAGGCCGAGUUGUGCCUGGCCGCACUGUGCGGCGCCAGCGUGGCGUCCUUGCUGGCUUUCGUCAAGGAAUGUCUGGGGACCCCGCCGACUCCGGCUCCCGCCGGUCCGCAAGAGGCCGGCGGCAAGGACUCCGGCAAGGACUCCGGCAAGGACUCCGGCGUGGGCAUGAGUGUCACGGCCGUGAUCGCGAGCGGCGGCUGCCUCGCGCUGCGCUUCUUGGCGCCGUUUUCAAACAGCUACUUGAUCCAGGAGAGCCAGGUGCUGCCCUUUCUCCUCCAGUCAGUGGCUGUGUGGUCCUUGCUGAGCUUCAAGUGGUCGGGGACUCUGACCCUGUCUCUUCCAGCCGGCGGCGCAGAAGCGUCGAAGUCCGCUCAGCAGCAGCAGACCGUAGCCGGGAGCCCUGCGCUGCGCCGCCAACAGAGCUGGUACAUAGUGGCACUGACGCUGGGUCUGCUGUGCUGCUCGCGCCUCGCCCUGACGCUGCGCGUGUGCCGUGACGAGCUCACGAGCUGCGAGCCUUCGACGCUGCUCGUGCCGCCGCCGCGGCAGCCGGGCCGCUCGCGUGCCAACGGCCUCCCGCUGGCGCUGGCCGCCGCGUCCCUCGUCGGCGCGUGGGCGUUGACGCGGGCCGCGCUCCGCCACCUGGGCAACCUGAACGAUCUGCUGUCGCCACCCACGCUGCUGGUGCGCCUGGGCCAGCCCGUGGCGCUGCUGUGCGUGUGCUGCCACUGGGCGUUGGCGCUGUUCCCCGAGCGCGGGCGCCAGGCGUCGCACGUCCCCGAGUGGGCGCAGGAGGCGUUCCCGCGCGCCGUGUACGGCGUCGUGGCGCUGGGGCUGCUGCUGCUGCUGUGGCGGCCGCUGGCCGUGUACGUGGAGCGCCGUCGGGGCAACGCCGCCGCCGCCGGUGCCGCCGCCGGUGGCCCCGGCGACGCGGUCCCGUUCGUCGACCCGCUGGGGGGGUUCGCGCACCCCGAGGAGAGGCUCAGACACGUCAUCCCACAGAUAUACAGGCACGUGUCGCGCUCGCUCGACGUCCAGCUGAGCGCGACGACGACGACGCCGGCGGCGCCAGCAGCAGCAGCAGGCGGUGCGGACGAGGGCGGCGGCGGCGACCACAGCGUGGCGGCGUUCGGCCUGGGCUCGGCGUACACCGCCACGCUGCUCGUGCUGCUCGGGUGCCUGGUUCUGCUGCUCGCCAUGCUGCACCAGCCCGGCGCCGCGCCCUCCUUUCUGCUGCUCUUCGUGCAGGCGGCGCUCAUGCUGGAGCGCCGCGCGGCCGCCGUGAGCCUGCACGCGUCGCCAGCGGGGGACGGCGCAGGGCUGCUGUGCGUGCCGCUGCCCGAAGUGGCCAUGUGGUCGCUGGCCGCCUGCCAGUUCUUCUACGCCACGGGCCACCUGCCCACCUUCCCCGCGCUGCAGUGGAACGCGGCCUUCGUCGGCUUCCACGGAGGCCACAGCGGGCACGUGCUGCCCGCCCUCCUCGUGGGCCUCAACACCUACGCGUCUCACGCGCUCUUCGCGGCCGGACUGCCGCUGCUGCUCACGUGGCCGUUUGCGCGCGAGGCCGGCGCGGCGCGGAGAAGCCCGGCGGACGAGGGCGCCACGGGGAUGGAGAUGCGACUGCACGGCCACCCCAAGCUGCUGCACGGGGCCCUGUUGCGCCUGGGCGCCACCUACCUGCUGCUCGUCGGGCUGCAGCUCACAGCAAGUGUCUGCGCUGCUGCAGUGCUUCGCCGCCACCUCAUGGUCUGGGGGAUCUUCGCUCCCAAGUUCCUGUUCGAGGCCGUGGGCUUCGUAGUGACCGGCGCGUGUCUGCUGCUCGGCGUCGCGUUUGUGCUUCGCGUGGAUGCCGCCGUCGCCGCAUUCUUCCGCCGGCUCUGCCAGGCGCUGCCGUACUAGUGGGGCAGGAGGAGGGGUGGGACGACGGUUGGCGAGCGACGACGGUCGGUGAGCGACGACGGUCGGCAGGCUUGGAACAACGACAACCGUGAGCAGUGGAGUCUGUCAAAGCGGGGAGGGAGACCGGGUGGAGAAGAGCGAUUUGAGUUUAUAUGGAGGACCCAUAACGUGCGGAAGGUCAUGGAGGUGAUGGGAGUGAGCAUUGUCUUCACGCUUUUGCAGAGCAAAUGCCAAAUCUAUGGAGAAGACCAUCGGUAGGUCUAUAGGUGUACAGUUACCUGCAAUGAAGCCCGACGUGCAAUUGCUGAAACACUGACGGUGAGCCACCGUGAACUCAAUAAUUCAACGACGCAAAUCCACCGCACAUGAGCCGAAGCCAUUCCCCUGGCUAACUCAUCGUGGCUUCGACUUCGAGUGUUGCGAUUCUUCGAGCCAUACGAAAGAAGAAGGGGAGACCCCAUACGACGUGGAACACGACCCGUCUACACGCCGGGCAGGGAACGCGCGUCGUCGCUGGUUAAGGUUCGCCUCUCUUGCCCAUCACGAGCUCGUGUGCUGAUGCUGCGGGUGUGGGUAGGUGCCAGAGUGGAGCAUCCAGCUGCGAGUGCCAACCACAGACCUCGUCUGCAACCCACAGCGAUGUGUCGCAAACACCAAUGUUGUCACAAGCACGAGCGUUUAAACACGCGGAAAGUCUCGGAGCACCGAGGCCCCCCCCCCCCCCCUUUCCAGAUUGUGAGCAGUACACCCCUUGUGCCUGGUAAGGCGUGGGAAGGAACAGACAGUGGUGAAGACGGGUCGUGUACACGACAGCUGCGGUAGUGGGAGCAGAGGGCAUCGCGGCAUCCGAUUGCCGGCUUUUCCAGGCGGUUCGUUUGCCGCGCUCGAGCCGUUUCUCCGUUGGCAACGCGCAACGUGCUAAUGUCACAAGACAUUCCUACAACCGUUUCCGGAGGCUACUCUUCGUAUCAUAACUUGACAAUGAAUAUGCAGUAUCGUUUAUUUUAUUUUUUAUAAGCAUAUGAAUUUAUAUAACAACAAAUCAGGUUUUCAUAAAUAUCUAAUUUGCAAAGAAAUAUCAAAUAUUUAUAUUUAAGGCAGACUUGUUGCUAAUUGAAGAGUGCAUUAGCCAACUGUUCAGAAGUUCAGGAGCCAACUGCACUGAAAGUUAAAGAAAAACAGCAUUGAGCUUCAUUGAUUUUCCUUCAAAGACUCCUCCUGUCAUGACCAAGGCACCGCUGACAGUGGAUUAAGGGAGAGGAGAAUUGACUCCCUGGGCUUGUAGAGACCGACCAGUGGAGAGCGCACACACAACCCACGCUGGAGAUGUUCCUAUGCAAAGCCAACGAACUGGACGGUCUGCUUAGAACGGUGACACGCAAGACCACGGGCAGCCGACGAAUAAAUACGUCUUAACCCCUUUCCACAGUUUUGACCUGGUCAACUUCUGGUUGGAAUCCCCUCCCCAAAACAACGACGCCUGCCUCGCGCCGCUCCUUUGAGAGAUGCCGUUGCGCGAAUCCAAUCUCGCAUUGCACGGCGAGGGUACCGAACACCCGAAUGGAUUGGCAGCCUUGCAGCCGUCCCAUCGUGUUCUUUGGUGAAAGACCUCGACAGGGUCCAGUGAUCGCUCUGUACAGUUUACGCCUGGUGUGGGGGAAACCUACACUCUGCGACUUUGUUUCACGUGACCAGUGGUCGCAACGUUGCACGUAUCCGUCAUUGCAAGCGUCUCGUCUUGGCCGCACCAAUUGGUUACGAGAGUUGAGGAUAUGUUUGGCCCGUGUCUAUAAUUUGUGUGCUCAGUCACUACUGUCACUGCAAGUGUCCUCUUGCAGUGACAGGUGUGUGUGGCCCGCCAAAGAUAUUUGAAUGUUUGGCCCUCUGUAAGGUAACUUGUCCACCCCUGCUCUCUGAGUGUUUUGCAUUGGGAAGAUGGAUUGUGUUGGUCUCUGACCUGUAAAGAACACAAACCUUUUGCAUGUACGUGCCAUCGAUUUUUUGUUUUAAAGAUUCGUUCCGGUGUUGUUGUUUUUUGUAAGCAAAUAUUUAUUUGAAAUUUUUCAACUUGAAAUGCAGCUCGGUCUGGGUUUUUUUUAAAGUGAGGAUUUGCCUUUAAGAUUGUCGCUACACUGCACAAGACUUGUACGGAUUAUACGUUUAUACUUGAAUUAAAUAUAUCAACAUUGGUGGUGACCCAUCUGUAUGUUCAGUGAUUACAUUUCAAUAAAAAGAUAAAUUCCCUGGUACAUGGUUGAAAUCCUCUGUAUGCGGAAGUUUUUUUGCGUGUCAUUCUCUGAAAUUCGCAUUCACGCUUUUUUUCGUGUGCGUCAGGUUUUCUUUUGAUUCUGUUCAAACGACGUACAUGUACGUCGUUGGAAUGGAACCGUAAGAAAAAAUAAAAUAACUUUCAUCAGUACAGAGGCUCUCACAAGGCCAUGCGAGAUGAUGUGGCACGAUUUGGUGGCAGCUAUCAUAGUGCAGUGGUGUCACUACGGUUGUCUGCGGUGAGUAAAAUAUCUUAAACAAUGGUGCUGCGCAUCUCUAAAUAAAAUUAACUCAACCGCUUGCGAGUUUCAGAUCCAGCGGUGAACUCGACCCCAUGCUGUAACUUGCAGACGUCUCAGGGUUAAUUGGAGGUGAAUUUGAGCUUUGUUUAAGCUCCUGCCCCUUCCUGCUUGUGCCCGCCCUUUCAUCUCGAGCCCCCUUCCUGUUUAGGCCCGCUCCUUCAGGCAUUCGUGUGGACGGAGUCUGUCGAGGUGCGUGUUUUUUUACGUGGGAUAAAUCCAGAGAAAAUCCAUACAAAUGAGCGGACAACACGCACAUUUCAUAUAACCAGCCUACUUGAUGUACUGUAUUCAAAAAGCACACCCAACUCCGCACGAAAAGUGUUUGUCGCACGAUUUCCGUGCGAGUAAACUUGCGGUGCCGUUAUCGCGACAACCCAAAAUAAAGUCCACUCCGUUCACAGCCUUGCACUCGUUUUGUUGCAGUUUAUUUACUUACGAACAUUAACGUUGCAACCACGUGAACGAUCAUCGGCUCGAGUCAACCUCUAACCUCCACAAAGCAUUUAAUGCGAAACAUUCAGCCGACCUCUGGAUGGGCACGCCGUGGCAUUGCCGACCGCCGAACAAGGAGUUUUGAGAAUGGGCCGUUAUAAUUGCGCAAACGCUAACUGCAACUACCAUACUUGUCAAAUCACCCAUAACACAAACGCGUCCGUAGUGGUGUAUCGUCACUAGAGGUCGAAGGGUCACGCUAGGUCAACGCGACAUUUUCGUUAAUAUUCUCAAACGCGCUUUUUUUUUCAUAAACCACACCCUCUUAAGUCUUCUGUGCAUAGCAGGAGUCAUGUUGCAACGAA